UCAAAAACACAAUAAAUUAAAACAAAUUUCUCUAAUCCUAAGUGAUGUUUUUCUAAUAUAUAGUGUUGAGGUGGCUUACGACACAAAGUUUUGGAGGUUUGUGACGGGUUUGUGUGUGUGUGCAGUGAGAUGGAUAGUAGUUACAACUCUCCGGCAAGGAGUGUAGGAGAGCCCUCCUCCCUGACGGAGUCCGAGAAUGAGGAGGUCUUGGAGUUGGUGACGGAGGUGCCCGGGAGUCCAGACCAGACGAUCAUCGACGGUUGGCUCAAGUUCAGAGAUAUCAAGAAGUGGAAGCAGCGUUGGGGUGUCGUCACUAAACUUUCACCAGCAGCAGAUUGCCUGCAUCUACAGUUGUACAGGGACAGCAAGGACAGAUACAAACAAGGACAAACCAAGGCAUCUCUCUCUCUACAGCACUUUUUGGGGCUGCAAUCAGGAUUCACACUUGACAAGGAGUCCAACACGAUAGCUAUAAUCUGUCAGGAUGUGACUGUAGUUCUGGCCUUUGACACCAGGGAGAGACUGAUACAGUGGCAAGUCAAGAUAGCCAACAAUCUGGGAGAAGAUGAGCAGUUUCUGGUCCAGAUACAGUCUGCCCCGACCAGAGGCAAGAUCCUGCCUGGACCUGCCAGACUCCACAUACAGGAGCACAGGUUCUGUAUGACCACAGGAGUCCCUCCUCGACUGGUCGGCUACUGGCUCAUCCGACAACUCAGGAGGUAUGGAGUUGUAGAGAACAGGUUCUGUUUCGAGGGAGGUUCCCGGUGUGGUAGAGGUGAGGGGUUGUACGUCCUGGUGUCAGACCAGGGACAAGACAUUGCUCGGGCCUUCCAGAUGGCAGCGGAAGGGAAGCUACACACUCGCCGUCGCUCCGUCAGCAGGAACUCUUCGGCCAUGGACAGUCCCAGAAGGAAUGUUCACUCUCGAGCAGAGACGAGGAUGUCUGAUGUCAGUUGCUUGGAGUCCUUGAUGCUGCAUUCUGAACACCCAGGACCUGGUAGUGAGGUGUGCUGCAACUGCAGUCAUGGUGCUGAGGAGUCUAUAAUCUGGCCUUCGUCAGAGACAAGAUCUGACAGUUGCGACUAUGGAGAUGCUGCAUCCAUGGCUGAUUACAACAACAGUCACCUUCAGGAGAGCUGCAGGAUUCCAGAGAGUUCCAUGGGAAGGUGUACUAGCUGUAUCAGUAAGCUGGGAGCUUUGUCUAGAUCCUCUACAGUCACCAACCCUCCUGGCUCUGGCACAGGCUUCACACCCGCCUGGACCAUGGAUACUGACAAUCUUGGAGGUUGUGGCCAUGAGAACAACAUGAGCUGUGGAAAUGUUCAACAAAACUCAGACAUUAUGGCUAGACUGUCAACUACCUCAGACUGCUGGUCUUCCAGUGGCUCGUCCUGCAGUACAGUAGCAGAGAGGUGCUCUUGUUGUCCUCCCAUCAGACCUCCCAAACCUCCGCAGCUAUCUCAGUCACCACACAACUCUCCCAUGAAGAAGAAACCCAAACCUCCCAUGCCUCUACCAGUUUGUAACUGUCCUCAUCAUCAGUCACCAGCCAACCCUUACGACAACUACGACGUUCCUAAGACACUGCCUGCGCCUAAUCAGAGAAAGGAUGAAUCCAAGAUCAGCUACAUGAGUCAUGCUGCAGACGAUUAUUACGACACACCCAAAAACAUUAAGGACAGCCUGGUAGGGGAGUACGGGAACUACGACACUCCUCCUCCGCCAACCCUGGCUGUGAAGAAGACCUCCUCUUGUCUGCAUCAUACACAUGCUCCUCACAGGGUUGAAAAGGAUGAGUCCUCAAGGCAAGGCUCUUGUCUUUGUCACAGGGUUCCAUGUUGGUCAGACACCAUACAAAAACCUUCACACUUCCGCGAAAUAUCUUCUCCGGUGCUGCAAAGAGUGAGGCAGACUGAAGAAGGAAGAAUGCCUCUUGUAAAUACAUCAUCAAUGCCAAUCUACGCAAUCGUUGACAAAUCAAAGAAGUCUAAGAGUAAAAUUGAAGAAAAUAACAUCCUCAACAAUCAGGAUAGCAACGACAAGAAAAUUAGUAAUGAAGAAAAAGAUAAAAAUGAAAUAAAUAGUAAUGGUAACUAUGCUAAUAUAGAAGUAAUCGACCCAAAGGAUCUUCCAGAAAUGUGCAAAGAAGAAUCAAACACCAACAAUGAUUACCAAAACUAUGCAAAUUUAGAAUUUGCCCAGUCGCUCGAGCACUAUGAAAACUCUAAAGAGGUGUUAUUGAGAGCUGGAAUAACUCAAGAAGAAAUAGAAAAGUUGAUAAAGAACGAGGAUGUGGAACACAAAGUGGUUGACAAAAACUGUGUCAAGUUCUGUACAAAGUGUGGCCAUGCUUGCAACACUGGUGGACCACCUAGACCUAGCAAGCAAGACGACUAUCUGAUGAUGGAGCCAACAUCUCAGCAAAACUCUACUCAGGACUUGGCAAACAAGUUAGUGGGGGGUAAAUACUUUCCUGGGUACCUCCCAAUGCAUCCUGUGUCUAACUGCCAGAACAAGCACGAUCUACUUAAAACAAGGCUACAAAGAGAAUUUGGUGACAUGUCUUCCAGCACACCCUCUCUUUCUGGAGGUCUAUCAGAAGCGUGCAGAAGAAGGUUGGAGUCUGAUAUUCAAAGAGUACCUGGAUCUGCAUUGCUCGGCAUCAACCACUCCAUAUCAGCUGCCAACAGCCCUUACUUAAGAAGAAGAGUCUUGUGUGCAAAUGAUUCAGUAAGCAGUAGCGGAACUCUUUACAACUCCUUACCUAGAAAACGAUCUAGUUCUGCCGAUUCCUCAAACUACUUUGAUGAACUAGACUCAAUCACUGAGAAAACUGUCUCGUCUUCUUCAACUAACCACACGCAAAACUCUCUGAGCAGUAAAAAUACCUCUGUGGACUCAAUAUCUGGCCAUUCUGUACAGAUGAACACCAAAAUGGAAAAAUCUGAAGAUGUUAACAGUUCACAACAAAACAAUAAACCCAACUUAGAAAAUAAGAUGAAUGAAAACAACCUAAAUGAAGUUCCUACACUACAAGAUCAGAAGGAUCAAAACGAUGACCUUCCAGUGAAUGUCCGGAGAUCCUCUAGUGUUCCGUGUAAGUCUGGCCAUAACCGGGACUCUUCAAGCUCAAAUGACUCAGGUGUUUCUAUUUGUUCCUUGAAGAACCGAGGAGGAGACUUUGCUGAGUUUGAACUGCCCUUGACAACGUCCAUGUCUACUAGAAGACAUCACUAUGCUCUUCAGAAGACAACGCCACUGCACUUCACAGACUGUUAUCACUCAUCACUUCCCAGAAGGUCGAAGAGUGUUGAUCCCUUAAGAGAACUUACUUUCCAGUUCCAACACAUCGAUAUACCCCUCAAGUCAUCAUCUGCAGAAGCUGAAAUACCUAUCUGUCUUGUGAAACGGGAUGCCAAAGGGUGUAUCAGCCCAGGCAGUGCCAUGCCUUAUAUAGACUCACGCAGCACCAGCAGUGGUACUUCUGACAUGUCAGACUACAUUGAGACACUCUCACUGUCUUCCUACAGCUCUUCUGAUACACCUGACUGUCUCCAGCUAGGAAGGCCGGCAGCCACCACUUUAAGACCCAGGUCAGGCAGAGAGUAUCACAAGAUAGACCGCUACAUUCUAGAGAGUGACGAGCAGAGUUCACCUUACACUUCCAUAACCUCCGUAGCUGAGAAGUCUGAGUCCCCUUCCCCUGGGUAUGUCAGUAGCUCCCCGGGACAGUGAACAGGACAGAAACGUUCGUAAAACAAAAGGAGGAAGAUAUCAUAAGCUGGAUGGAUGUUGAUUGAUUGAACAUCACGAUAGACUGUGGACUCUUCAAUCUUUGUAUUAUUGAACAUUUUGUAAAAUUUUCUGUAGAAUUAGAUUUAUAUAUGCAGUUUUGUAGAUCUUUAAAAGGUUAUAGUUCAACGAGUACCAUUUGAUAUCAAGGAAUCAAUGGUUUAGUAAAAAUAGUUUGAAGUUAACAAUCGUCCAUUAGUGAAUAUGUGUAAACCGCUCAUAUUGUAAACAAUACUGUAAAUACUUUGUAAAUAGGUUUAUUGUGAAUUGUAACGUAACAGUAAAACCAAAGCUGAAAUUGUUGAUUAGCUUUAGACAACUAGUGUUUCUACCAAGGGUGUUUAAAGGCA